ACCUCGCAUGUCUAAAUAGCUUGUUGGCUCUUUAUUUACCCAAAUAAAGACAAAUGCACAUGCUACGAGAUGUAUUGUUGACAAUGGGGUUAUUUUGUUUGCGUUGUUGCGGACCCAUGCCAACUUUAUUCAUACCUCCACUUCGGCAUCAACCCACAUUUCUGAUGGCCGUGAAGGCAGCACGGGUGACGGCGUGAAGGGAACUCCCAGCUUAUCGAGUCCCAAACCGCCUACCCAUGAAACACCGGAUAAAACCACAGAGGGAUUUUACACCAGAGUGCGCCGAUAACACCACGAUUUUUAAAGAGAAGUCCUGAAACAUUUCGACGGACAGGGGUGCGGUGCCUGUGGGGACGAGGAGACGAAGGCCAAAGGAGGCCGCCGUGCCGACAGCCGGGUCCCAUCCCUCCAGGAGGAGACUGGGCUCCUCUUGCAAGAAACACCAUGCGCCAGAAUCGGAGAGGACUCUCCACCGCCCCGUAGACGGCCCAAACUCCUGUGAACGUUCCAGAGUGCGAGGACCCGAGCUCCCUCACAUUGCCCGCCGGCCAAGAUGAAGAAGGUGGCGGCGUGGUCCGCGGGGGACGUCUCCGACUGGCUGAGCAAGGAGGGGAUGCCGGAGUACAUCGACUCCCUCCGCCAGGCGGACGGCCCCGCCCUGCUCGGGCUCAACCAGGCCGACUUCCAGACGCCCCCCAUCUCGCUGGUGUCGUCCGACGGCGGGCGGCAGCUGCUGGAGCGGCUGGAGACGCUGCACAUGGAGGCCCACAUGGAGGCCCACAAGAACGGCCACGCCAACGGGCACGCCGGCGGGCUCCCCAACGGGACGAGCAAGCCUCAGAGGAACGGCACGCUGGGGACGACGGCCAUGAUGGAGAUGGUCCGCAUCCCCAUCCCGACGGCCGAGACGGCGUGCACCGCGUUCCCCGUGGAGUGGGGCAAGACGGGCGUCGCGUUCGCCUACGCGGUGGUGUGCUUCGUCACCACCACCGUCGUCAUCUCGGUGGUUCACGAGAGGGUGCCGCCGAAGGAGCACACGCCGCCGCUGCCCGAUAAGUUCUUCGACCUGUUCAACCGGGUCGAGUGGGCCUUUUCCAUUUGUGAGAUUAAUGGCAUGCUGCUGGUGGCACUCUGGCUGAUACAGUGGAUGCUACUCAAGCACAGGUCAAUUAUCGGCAGGCGAUUCUUUUUCAUUGUGGGCACCCUCUACCUGUACCGCUGUGUUACGAUGUACAUUACCACGCUGCCUGUUCCAGGGAUGCACUUCAAAUGCUCUCCCAAGCUUCUUGGAAACUGGGAGGUACAGAUGAGGAGGAUAAUGAAGAUGAUUGCCGGUGGGGGCCUCUCCAUCACAGGUUCCCACACCAUGUGUGGAGAUUAUCUGUAUAGCGGCCACACCGUCAUGCUGACGCUCACGUACCUCUUCAUCAAGGAGUAUUCCCCCAAGCGUCUCUGGUGGUACCACUGGGUUUGCUGGAGCUUGAGCGCCGUUGGGAUUUUCUGCAUCCUUCUGGCCCAUGACCACUACACUGUGGAUGUGGUGGUUGCGUACUUCAUCACUACACGCCUCUUUUGGUGGUACCACACCAUGGCCAACCAGCAGUCGCUGAAGGAGACGUCACAGAGCAACCUGUUCUCGCGCGUGUGGUGGUACAGACUGUUCCAAUACUUUGAGGAGAACGUGAACGGCACGGUCCCUCGCAACUAUCAGCUGCCGUUAUCAUGGCGAUCGUUGCAGUGGACCCGCGGCGUGAAGUACAGCAAACUGGACAUGCAGUGACCCCCCCUCACACACACACACACACACACACACACCCUCCUAUCUCGUCGAAGCAAGCAAGAACUCUGACUUCCAUCAGUGCUGUUUUUACCAGAGAGAGACGGCCCUGUGACUGUCGCGCUGUCCUUUCCCCUCCCGUAACACAUCCCCGUCCAGACGGGUCGCCCUGGACCCCGCCUCGUUUCUCUGUUGUCUCCUCCCGUCUUUCUCUUCUGGUUGUAACCAACACGGAGCACUAGUCUAUAUUUGUUUGGUGUGAUUUUCCUCGUCGUGGACCAGACAACGGUUCGUGGAGCAUUUCGACAGACUUCUAAAACUCAAAGAUUUCUGGCCACACGGACUCGACACUUUCUCCUCUCUGCACAAAACCAUCGUUAAUGUCCUCACGUUCCGGCAAAGAGUUUUAGUGCAAAUACUGUCAAUCAUUUGAUAACCAAAAUGCCAUGUUUCUUCGUUUAAUUAUUUUUUUGUAAACUGUCCUCGCUAAAAAUGAGUAAAAGGUGAAAAAAAAAAAUUCUUCUUUAUUUUUUAGUAUUGUCAAACUUUAUUUUUCAAAAGUAAAUGAUGUCCAACUAAAGAUUUUUAGAUUUUUUACCUUUUUCAAGAUGGAUAACCGAGAGCGUAAUAAUCUAAUGUGGUGUAACAUAAUUCCAGUGCCUUUCUCGCUUGAUUGUCAAACAGUCCAAGUGCGACGUGUCUCGUGUCUCUCCGCUGCCGGUGUGACCGCGCCGCGGGGCGUCGUCAACGGUCUCGUUCCCAUGAAUGUAUAAACAACGACGCCAGCCUUGCCAGAAGAUUGGUUUUCACAAAAACUAAAUGCAGUGAGUGUAAUGUCCCGUUUUAUUUAUUGAUGCUUUACGAUGUCAGUUUGUGCUUAGUUGGAUAACGUGGCUCUAGCGGGGGGGAAAAAAAGGCUGUUAAUUGUUUUCCUUUUCUGUCUGAAUCAUUUAAUUAUUUCUAUUAGCUAAACAUCACUGCCUGAUUGGAAAUUGACGAAGAUGUGAAUCUAAGGUGCGGGGUUAAGUUGUUCCGGACCAGGACGUGUCUCUCGCUCCUCUCUCGUUCCCCACAUCGAGUCCCAUUUUGAAAAUCGAAUUCAUCGUCCUUACCGGUCGUGUAACCCGUCGUGGUGGUGAUGAGAUCUCGAGGGGGAAUAUUAAAUGUCAACACUCGUGUUGAGUGUAGGGAAUCCCCAGAGUAUUUUUGUAAAACAAAACGGAAGCUCCAGCUAAGGUUUCUGAGCGUGUGUGAUGAAUGUGUGUGUGUGUGUGUGUGUGUGUGUGUACUUUGUGCGGCACGUCGGGCGUCAAUCAAGCGGCUACCUUCCAGUUUAAGUGCAACGCCAAAACUAGAAGUAGCAAACACUCACAAUGGAACUUGUGUGGGGAAGAAGCCGAAGCGUACCGCAAAGAGCUGGUGAGAUGUGACCACGUGUGCAGGAUGCGAUUGCUUUCCGUUAAUGUGAAAAUGCAUCCUUAUCGAUAAUCCUCAUCAUUUACAUGUUGACUUGUUUUUUCGCGUUUCGUCGUGUGACUGACUGAACUGUAAAGAACGAGUUUUGCACAAGUUCAUCUAUAGGGAGAGAUUUUUGUGGAAGCUUUGAUUGAGAGAAACUGCACUAAGCUUUAGCUUAUACAGAUAUAUAAUGCAGAUAAUGUGAUUUAACGUUGUUUUUUAAUGUUUAUUAAAGGAGGUGAGAAAAUAACAUGAUUUCCAAUUCGUGAAGCCGAGACCUUUCAAUCCCAACGGGAGACUUACUGUUUGAGACGAAUGACCUGUAGCAUUGUCCAGUUAUUAUUUCACUUCAACAGAGAACGGUUUCUCCGAUUUUAAGAGCACAGCAGGUUCCUCACAAUCGGCCGUAUUUUGAUUUGAGUUCAUGUUUUAGGAGUCCAAACACAGCUCUCUAGCGUUGAGGGGUUUGGUGAGGAUGGACGUUGGAGUAAUGUCUGUCUUCUUGUUCAAGUGGGAUUUACUUUUCAACGUUUUGUUAACCUCGAAUGUUCCUUUUUCAACGUCUGUUCCUUUUUAAACUUCUCACCAACGUUGUCCCAAUUUGUGUGUGUACCAGAUAUUUGUAAGAUAUGAUAAAGGAUUGUACUAGGGACGCUUUUGAAUAAAAACUUUUACUAAGAUGUC